UAAAACUCACCGAAAAAUGUUGGGUUUAAUUAUAAUUCUAUUGUUUUCCGUGCAUUGCUUUGCGGCGCCCCAAAAUCUUAAUCCGGGAACCAGGAUUAUUGGGGGCGAACUUGUGGACAUUUCAAAAGUACCAUACCAAGUGGCAAUUUUAUUCCAAGGCAAGCAAGUAUGCGGAGGAUCUCUUAUUUCUUCUACGAAGGUACUUACGGCGAAUCAUUGUUGGACCGAAGAAACAAACGGAAACUUAUCUGAGUACAGCGUAAGAGUAGGUUCUACAGACUGGGAAAAAGGUGGCCAAGAAAUUUAUGCUAGCGCUGUCGACUUAUAUGACAUUCCAAAAGGAGAAGUCUAUCUAAACUAUGACAUCGCUAUUAUUACACUAAAAUCAGCAGUAAAUGUGUCAAAUGCUAUAUCAAUUCAGGUGGAUGAUGCCGAUACAGUGCAUUUAGCAGGAGAAGUGGCAACAGUAUCAGGCUGGGGAGUGACAUAUUCACCAUCCGGCCAAAUACCAUCCAAUGUAACCAGCGAUAAAUAUCCAUUCCUCCUCCUCCUAAGUGCCGUCUCUGCUGAAGUUGGCGACCAUUGUGGCAUACAUUUCUCUGUUCUGGGCUUGAUGUAUGAGGGCAUUUCCAUCGGUGUGGGUCCAGUCCCGGAUAUUUCUCAGCCAUGAUUUCUU